GCGGCGCCCGAGCGGCCGUUACCGACGGAGCGCGAGCGAUUGGGCGGGCAUUAUUAGUCAGCGGCGUGUAUAUCGGUGUGUAAGUACGCGGCCCACACGUACGCGCGGUGCACGGAUGACAAAUCCGUCGCGGUUUCGCGCGAUCUGCCCGGGGGUUAUCGUUAUCGCCACGUAUCCGCGCAUCGGCUCGUCCUGCCAGCAAUCAUGAUCCUGCUCGAGAUACACAACAGGAUACUCGAGGAAACGCUGACGAACAAGGUCAAGAAUGCCCAGUCGGGACACAAGCAGGAGUCGACAGAUGUGGUCAUAGCGGACUUCGACGGGGUGUUGUUUCAUAUUUCGAACCUCAGCGGAGACAAGUCGAAACUUAGAAUUAGUAUCUUGCUCAAAUUUUAUAAACAGUUGCAAGAGCAUGGCGCAGACGAAUUGCUCAAACGAGAGUACGGGUCUCAUCUUAUCGCACCGGAGAGCGGCUACAACGUAUCGGUUCUCAUAGAUCUAGAGAAGUUACCAGAGGAUUGGGAGGCGCUAGUAAGGAAAGUUGCCCUGUUGAAGAGGCAUUGCUUCGCCAGUGUCUUCGAGAAAUACUUUGACUUCCAGGAGGAGUACUGCGAUUCUCCGGGCAGGCCAGUGCAGAAGAGAGCUGUAAUUAAAUAUCGGGAUGAGGAAACGAUGUACGUGGAGGCUAAGAGCGACAGAGUCACAGUAGUGUUCAGUACAAUAUUCAAGGACGAAGACGAUAUGGUCAUCGGCAAGUUGUUCCUUCAAGAACUGAAAGAGGGUAGGCGCGCGAGCCACACCGCCCCGCAAGUCCUGUUCAAUCACCGUGAGCCGCCGUUGGAGUUGCAGGACUCCGAGGCGGCGGUCGGAGAGUGCAUCGGCUACAUCACGUUCGUACUGUUUCCACGUCAUACCAAUCGGGAGGCUCGCGACAACACCAUCGACCUGAUACACAUGUUUAGGAAUUAUCUGCACUAUCAUAUUAAGUGCAGUAAAGUUUAUAUUCACUCGAGAAUGCGCACCAAGACAACAGACUUCCUCAAAGUGCUGAACAGAGCGAGAUCUCAAUCCAAAAGCACCGAGAAGAAGACUAUCACGGGACGAACAUUCAUCAGGAAAGAAUGAACGUGCCGUAGGAGCGAAAGUAUUAACACUUUUCAAAAGAGGAGGGCGAAGGAUUAUUGCGCGACUGGUGCGUUUGGGAACAUCCUGCGAGUGAGAGUCCCCGCAAAAGCACAUCCUUCAACUCGCCCGCCAUCGGCGAGUUAAGUGCUUCGGACCUUUGAGUUUCAACCUGUUUCUCGAACAGUACCCUAUAUUUCGGAAAGACGUAGUGCCGUGCUAAAUGAAUAAGGGAGAGGAUAAAAAAAAGGAAAAUCGGUUUUGCGUCGGAUCAACGCGAUCACGCCCCGUUUAUCCGGUAAAGGAUAAUCGGAGUUGCAUUCGUGUACCGUUAGUUGACAGUUACUGCUACUACGAAAGCCAUCGCUCGUUGCAAAAACGUUUUACCGAUUUUUACAGUGACCUAGGGUUCGUAUACAGUACUUCGCUUCGAGAGGUUUGAAUUCGAUUGCAUAUUACACUGGUUGUUACUUGAAACAAUUUAUUAUACGUUACGACAUUCUACGUCUGGCGCUUUCACGAGUACAUCGAAUACAGUUUAGCGAUGAUAUCCCUCAGAUAAAAUCAUCAAGUAUCCUCGAGAGAACGUUAAAAUAUGUUGAAAUUCUCUAUUGAGUCUCGUCGGAAAGUGUUUUGGGGCAACGUUAUUCGAAAUCGCCAGAAGUAACUGACAUAGAAAAAGAAAACUCACCGAGGGAAAGAUAGUGAUUACUUGCAAUUUUACUUUUGGCAUUGCAUUUACGGCUCGAUGAACGAAUUGUCGGGCGGACAAGUACUGUUGAAUAGCGCAAUUGUUCCCUUUUUCGAUAUUUUUAUCGUCUACUUAAUGACUAUACAUCCGAUUAUUGUGAGAGAUAAUAAAAACAACAUUAACAAUCCA